UUGGCUCCCGCGCAAGCGUAUUAUGCGACGCGGCCUUAGGAAGCAGGGACUAUGGCGGCCGCUAGGGUCCGGUUUAAUGAGUCUUUGCGUGAAGCUACCCAAAGAAAAUUGCAGAAGUUUUCAGAACUCAGAGGCAAACCUGUGGGAACUGGAGAAUUCUGGGAUGUAGUUGUACUAACAGCUGCUGAUGAAAAACAGGAACUUGCUUAUCAGCAGCAGCUGUCAGAAAAGCUGAAGAGAAAGGAAUUACCACUUGGAGUUCAAUAUCAUGUUUUCGUCGAUCCUGCUGGAUCCAAAAUUGGAAAUGGAGGAUCAACACUUUGUGCUCUUCGAUGUUUGGAAAAGCUAUAUGAAGAUAAAUGGAAUUCUUUUACUAUACUAUUAAUUCACUCUGGUGGCUACAGUCAACGCCUUCCAAAUGCAAGUGUUCUGGGGAAAAUUUUUACUGCUUUACCAUUUGGUAACCCCAUUUAUCAGAUGCUGGAAUUAAAACUAGCCAUGUACAUUGAUUUCCCAUCACAUAUGAACCCUGGGAUUGUGGUUACCUGUGCAGAUGAUAUCGAACUGUAUAGUAUUGGAGAAUUUGAGUAUAUUAGAUUUGACAAACCUGGCUUCACUGCAUUAGCUCAUCCUUCCAGUUUGACUGUAGGUACCAUGCAUGGAGUAUUCGUCCUAGAUGCUUUUAAUGAUUUAAAACACAGAGAUCUUGAAUAUAGGUGUUGCUACCGUUUCCUUCAUAAGCCCAGCAUAGAAAAGAUGCAUCAACUUAAUGCUGUGUGUAGACCUGGAAAUUUUUGUGACCAAGACUUUGCAAGGGGAGAUGCUGCCUAUCUUCACUUAGACUCUGAAUAUGUCUACACUGAUAGCCUAUUUUACAUGGAUCAUAACUCUGCAAAAAAGUUACUUGCUUUUUAUGAAGAAGUGGACUCACUGAACUGUGAAAUAGAUGCCUAUGGUGACUUUCUGCAGGCACUGGGACCUGGAGCAACCAUGGAGUACACCAAAAAUGUAUCAAAUGUCACUAAAGAAGAAUCUGAGUUGCUAGAUGUAAAACAGAAAAUAUUUCAUCUUCUUAAAGGAACAUCUCUAAAUGUUGUUGUUCUUAAUAACUCCAAGUUUUAUCACAUUGGAACAACUGAAGAGUAUUUGUUCCAUUUAACUUCAGAUAGCAGUUUAAAGUUAGAGCUUGGUUUACAGUCAGUAGCGUUUAGCAUCCUUUCGUAUAUUCCAGAACAUUCCAGCAAGACAUCCUGUAUCAUUCACAGUGUACUGGAUGCAGGGUGUUCUGUGGCACCUGGCUCAGUUGUAGAGUAUUCCAGAUUGGGGCCAGGAGUUUCAAUUGGAGAAAACUGCAUCAUUAGCAGUUCUUCCAUUGUUUCCGAUGCUGUUGUACCUGCGCACUGUUUUCUGUGUUCCUUAAGCUUGAAGGUAAAUGGACAUUUGAAAUAUUCAGCUAUGGCAUUUGGAGUGCAGGACAGCUUGAAAAACAAUGUUAAGACAUUGUUAGAUAUAAAGUUCCUUCAAUUCUUUGGAGUCAGUUUUCUGUCAUGCCUAGAGAUUUGGAAUCUGAAAGUUACAGAGGAGCUGUUUUCAGGAAGCAAGACACAAUUCAGUUUAUGGACUGCUCGCAUUUAUCCAGUUUGUUCUUCUAUGAGUGAAUCAGUUACAACAUCUCUGAAGAUGGUAAAUGCUGUAAAGAACAAUUCUUCCUUUAAUCUGAGUAGCUAUCAGCUAGUAUCCAUUGAAGAAAUGCUCAUCUACAAAGAUGUAGAAGACAUGAUAGCAUAUAGAGAGAAGAUUUUUCAAGAAAUUAGUUUAAUUAAAAAUAAACUUCACUUAGAGAUAUCUUAAAUAUUGUAUAUGUUGAAGAUAUCUUAAAUUUUACGUAUAUUGAAGACACAGUACAUAUUAUAUACUUAGUGUGCUUACAAGAUUCCAAAAACAGCAUUUUCUUUUUAUUUCAGUAAAUUGACUUAAUAUAAUUACUGCAGCAUAAUAUUAAUAAUAAAAAUACAAAUAAAGAGUCUCAAUGGAAGACUGUUUCAAGACAAAGUUCAGAAAAGGGAUACACCUUGCUAAUAAGGAUAAAUUUGUGGAGUAUUGAUCAUUUAAUAUUUGAUUAAUUUUCUAAAUGUCUUAUUUUUACAUACUGGUAAAAGUGGAAUAUCUCAGGGUUGUCCAAAUAUUUCAGGAAUACUACAGGAAUACUUUUUCAGGAACAAAUCCAUAGUUAACAAAACAGAUUAAACUAAUGCCCAGUUUAUUUUUAUUUUCAUAGCUUAGUAGAUACAAAGAGCUCUAAACUUGGUAAAUAUUUGCCUCUUCUUUACUGAUGUUAUCAAAAUGAAGCAAAGUACAUAUGUAUUUUAUCUGUAGAUUUUAAUAUGUUCAUGUAUUACCAAUUUUCUCUAAUGCUCCAUUUCACAGUACAAGAUGUGUAUGCGUUUCUGUGUGUAAAUAAAAUCAGUUAUCAGCAUAAUUAAUAUUAAUCUUGUAAUUUCACAAUGGACAUUACUUUUAUCCUUUCUUACUAAUCCUUUCAACAGAAUAAAGUUACCAGAUGUAUGGAUUUUAA